AGAGCUUCCACCCCGCCUCCUGUAUUCGCGCUCUGCUCUCGGUUUCACCUGCGCCGCCUCACUAAGAGAGCCGGACUUUGGAAUGUUUCGGGCUUUCCACGCCUCUUCACCAGAAACCAUCGACAUCUGUGCAGGUCACAUUUGAACAGCUUACACAGACUUGAUCUCUUGAAGCUCCACAGAGGUGUCCACAAACCCUGACAGCUACUAACCGGGGAUGGAUUUGGCUUCUGUCCUGUUACUGGCUUUUAUGAGCGCCGGUACGCUGCUCCAAGUGCUGGUUGCUGAAAGUGUUACUGCCUUGUAUGGAGAGACAAUUACAGUACCAUGCAACGGUGGUGCUGCUCCACCAGCGGAUCUGAUGUUUAUCAAAUGGAAAUAUGAAAAAGACGACGGCACUUCUGGCGAUUUAUUGAUCAAGCAGGUUCAUAGUGAGCAGGCCACACUGCAGGCAACAGACGGCUAUGCCCCACGUGUCAGCACUGAUGACAAGUUCAACCUCCUCAUCAGUAAGGCUACUCUCAGGGACCAGAAGACCUUCACCUGUAUGGUGGUGUCAGAAAGCAACGUCAUGGAAUAUCCAAUCUCUGUCCUUGUUCACAAGAAACCAUCUGUGCAGAUUAUGGACAAGCCUGGGUCGUUGCAGAAGGACAAAACUGUAACGUUGGGCACAUGUGUUGCAGCGGCAGCAAACCCUGCUGCUUCUAUCAAAUGGACAAAGAAUGGAGUGCCCUUGGUAGCUGAUGGGAAAGCUGUUGUGAUCACUCCCAGCAUGAAGCUUGAUCCAGCCACAGGACUAUCCACCACCUCCUCCACCCUCCAGUAUGCAGCCACCAAGGAGGACAUUGGUGCAGUCUUUGCCUGCGUUUCCACACAUGAGUUGGGCGAACAGAAAACUGCACUGGAACCCUUCCCUGUUCACUAUCCUUCUGAGAAAGUCAGCCUUCAAAUAUUGUCCAAGACGCCGAUAGUAGAGGGAGAUAACGUGACGUUGAAGUGUCAAGCUGACGGCAACCCCCCACCCAGCUCCUUCUUCUUCUACGUUAAGGGCCAGAAAACACCGGAAGAAAAUUCUGACUCCUACACUUUGACUGAUAUCAACAGAGGGGCUGCAGGAGAAUACAAAUGCUCCUUGAAAAACAACGAGAAAAUAGAGGCCGUCCAAAGUAUUGCUGUGAGCUACCUGGAUCUGAGUCUGAGUCCCACUGGUAAAGUUGUGAAGGCAGUUGGGGACACCUUGUCUGUGAAGAUGGAGAAGGUCGCCUCUGAUGAAGCUGAAGUGUCAUGGACAAAGAAUGGAAAGCCAGUGAAGGAGCCUGAGUUUAGCAAGUUGAGUUAUGCUGAUGCAGGAGCCUACGCAUGUGAGCUUUCUAUGGGCACCCUGUCACGUCGUCAGAGCUUUGAACUGGUCGUAGAAGGAAAGCCUGUGAUCACCAGCUUAACCAAAUACCGUAAUGGUGAUGCCACAUUCAAAGUUCUGACCUGUGAGGCUGAGGGGGUACCAGAACCCAGUUUCCAGUGGAGCAUCAACAACACAAACGAGCAAAUCUCGUACAUUAACGGAAAGGCUAUCCACAAAAUCGAUGUGAGUCCAAGUGCGAACCUGACAGUCACCUGCAGUGUCACCAACAGGCUGGGAGGACACUCAAAGACCAUCAAUGUUUCCUCAGUUUUUAAGGAGAUCAAGGAAAAAAUGGGUAAGAUCUUAUUUCCUUUUCCUGUACCUGCAUACUUUUUGUAG